AUGACAACGGCAAGCAUAAUGAUGCUGAUGUUGAUGAUUUGGUUAAGCCUUAACAAGAGUGUCACCGGACCGGUGGAGAAGAUCUCUGUUAGCAUAAGUAGAUUGAGUGAGGCUGUGAUUGGGUCUCCGUAUCGAGUUGAUGACGGACAGGACUGUCUACAGGGUGACGCACUUGAGGCGGUCAGGAGUCGGCUAGUGCUACCGGACUCUGUUCCGGAUGUGAUCAGGGAUCUUCGAAAUCUGUUCGGAAAACCGGAGAAGCUGCUCAGAACGUUGCUGUCGAAGGUGAGGAACGCGCCGUCACCGAGAGCUGAUCGAUUGGAGACGUUCAUCAGCUUCGGGAUAACGGUGAAGCAGUUAUGCGACCACCUUGAAGCGUCAGGACUUUGCGACCACCUAAACAAUCCGAUGCUGGUGCAGGAGUUAGUUGACAAGUUGCCACCGAGCUACAAACUGGAUUGGGUCCGGUAUAAGCGAGGGAAGGUGGACAGUCCGUUGCGAAUGUUCACGAACUUCACAAAUGACAUCGUUUCGGAUGUGUCGGAGGUGACGGAGUUCUCGACAUUGUCGCUAAGCGAGCGCGAGCCUUCGCGAAUGGGGAAAGGAAAUUCCCGAAAGAAGGAGUUUGUACAUCUCCAUGACGCGGACCAGGUUUCUGAUGAAAUUCACAGAGAGACAGUAACUAAGCCGUGCUGGAUCUGUAAACGAACGGAUCAUCUCAUCAGGUGCUGUGAGGAGUUUAAGCGGAUGAACAUUGCCGCCAGGUUGAGAGAGGUUGAGCGACAAAACCUGUGUGGUCUUUGUUUGAACAAGCACGGAAACAGCAGAUGCACCUCGAAGAUUCGAUGCUUCAUGCAAAAUUGUCGUGGAGGCCAUCAUCCACUUUUGCAUCGAGUGGAGGAAUCGGUGCGGCUGCAGAAGGUAGAAUGCAAUGCUACCGAAAAGGCAGAUAGUGCGGUUAUUUUCCGUAUGAUGCCGGUGACGCUUUACGUGGGCAAACGACAGUUCGAUACUACUGCGUUCUUCGACGAAGGGUCGUCGGCUACGUUGGUAGAUGAUCUGGUGGCCAGGCGGCUGAAAGCAGAAGGUACUCUAGAGCCGUUGAUAGUGACGUGGACGGGCAAUAUCAACCGCUUUGAGAACGAUUCGAGGAAGGUCGAACUGAUGAUGUCGGCGAAGGGUUCGAAGGAGAAGUUUCCGCUGUUCAACACUCGAACGGUAUCAGAGUUGGUGCUGCCGAAGCAGAACGUGCGAUUCGCAGAUGUGGUAAAAAAAUAUUCGCAUCUUGCAGGCGUUCCGGUGAGAGAUUACCCAUCGGGAAAGCCGAGAAUCCUACUCGGGCUAGACAACGUCCACUUAUUUGCGCCGUUGGAGUCGCGGGUCGGUAAGCCAAACGAACCGAUUGCCGUGCGGUCGAAGAUUGGCUGGACAGUGUAUGGUUCGGAGAACCGAAGACCGAGUGCGUACACCUACCUGAAUCUGCACUCGAUCGUUCCAGCAAGCAAUCAAGGUCUCCAUGACAUGAUGCGAGAGCAAUACAUGCUAGAUGAGACAGCGAUUGCGACGUUCGCUGUACCGGAGCCCGCGGAGGAGAAAAGAGCUCGAGAGAUGCUUGAGACAACGACGAAGCGAGUGGGUGAUCGCUUCGAAACGGGGUUGCUGUGGCGUGAGGACGCACGACGAUUCCCUGACAGCUAUCCGAUGGCUGUACGCCGGAUGAAGGCUCUGGACCGUAAGCUGAACAGGAAUUCAGACUUGAAGAAAAACGUGUGCCAGCAGAUCGAGGACUAUCAAGUCAAACACUACGCGCACAAGGCGAGUGAAGCCGAACUGAAGGGUACGCCACAAACCGCUGUGUGGUAUCUACCGCUGAACGUCGUAGUGAAUCCGAAGAAGCCGAGUAAGGUGCGCUUGGUUUGGGAUGCUGCAGCAUCAGUGAACGGAGUCUCUCUUAACUCAGAGUUACUCAAAGGUCCGGAUAUGCUAGUUCCGCUUCCCAGAGUAAUCUGCAAUUUUCGGGAACGGCCAGUAGCAUUCGGUGGUGACAUUCAAGAAAUGUACCAUCAGAUCCGGAUCAGACCUGAGGAUAGGCAAGCGCAACGGCAAGCAGAUUUCUCGGAGAAGUACCCUGAAGCAGUAGAAGCCAUCGUGAAGCGUCACUACGUAGAUGACUACUACGACAGCGUGGAUACUAUCGAAGAAGCGAUCCAGCGAGCCAGUGAGGUGAGGUACAUCCAUUCGUGUGGAGGAUUUCGGAUCAGAAACUGGGUGUCGAACUCUGCUAGAUUUCUCGAACAAAUAGGAGAAAGGAGUGUCGAUUCCGCAGUGCAUUUCAACUGGGACAAGAACACCGAAUACGAGCGUGUGCUAGGCGUCGUUUGGGACCCGGUUGGAGACGAGUUCCGUUUUGCGACCGAAUGGAAAGCAGAGUACAACAAGGUUUUCCUAGAGGAAAAACGCCCGACGAAAAGAAUUGUUCUGAGCAUUGUGAUGGCGCAAUUCGAUCCAGCAGGAUUUCUUGCUCCAGUUACAAUUCUCGGGAAAAUGCUGGUUCAGGAUCUGUGGCGGACAGGCUGCGACUGGGAUGACGCAAUCGAUGAGCUGUCGUUCAGGAAGUGGUUGCGGUGGACCAACAUUCUCGCAGACGUGCCAGUGUUUAAGCUACCUCGAAGCUAUUUCGGAACUGCGAGAUCAGAUGAGGUCGAAGAAGUCCAGCUUCACAUCUUUGCUGAUGCCAGCGAGACGGCGUACGGAUGUGUGGCAUACUUCCGUGCAAUCGUACGGGGUAAGGUGGUGUGUUCGCUAGUGAUGAGUCGAGCGAAGGUAGCACCGUUGAAGCAGCUGUCGAUUCCGCGGCUAGAACUCCUGGUAGCGGUUCUUGCGGCAAGGCUGGCACGAACGAUCGAGCAGAAUCACAACUUCACGAUCAGUAGAGUGGUGUUCUGGAUUGACGCAGAAGUGGUGCUGUCCUGGAUUCGGUCGGAUCAGCGCCGCUACAAGCAAUUUGUUGGUUUUCGCAUUGGCGAAAUUCUUAGUUUGACUAAACUGACAGAUUGGCGAUGGGUUCCGACGAGAUUGAACGUGGCGGAUCUGGUAACCAAAUGGGGUAAAGGUCUGGAGAUACACCCCAACAGCCCGUGGGUACGUGGGCAACAAUUUUUGUACGACAGUGUGGAAAAGUGGCCGAAGAGAGAAUUACCUCCAGCUAACACUACGGAGGAGCUUCGGGUUCACUUGAUGCUGCACGACGUGCAAGUUGCACAGGCUAUCGUGGACGCCAAUCGCUUUUCUAAGUGGACAGUGCUGGUGAGGACGAUGGCGUGCGUAAUCCGGUUCGUGUCGAACUGUAGACGAAAGAGCAAAAAACUGCCGAUUGAGACGCUAAAAGCAACGAGCAGACAGAGCAGAGUACUACAACCGACGGCAGCUGCGUCAGUACGUGUGGCGCUACAGCAAAGUGAGUACGAGAAGGCGGAACUAUGGCUGAUGAAGAUGGCACAGGCGGAGUGUUUCAUCGAUGAGUUGAAGGUACUGGUCAGGAAUAAGGAUCGGCCGGUGAGCCAAUGGCUGUCGAUCGAGAAGUCCAGUGCACUCUACAAACUUACUCCGCUGAUUGACGAAAACGGGCUGAUUCGAAUGGAGGGGAGAGCAGAGAAAGCAGAGUUGCUGUCAUUCGAUCUACGUUUUCCAACGAUCCUGCCACAUCAGCAUAAAAUCACGCAGCUGAUUGUUCAGCAUUACCACGAGAAGAGCGGUCACGGAUAUCGACAGCCGGUGAAGAACGAGCUGAAGCAGUUGUUCUACAUUCCGCAGCUUGACGCAGUAGUCCGGAAGGUGUCGUCGUCUUGCGUAUGGUGUAAGGUCCAUCGAAGUCGGCCUCGAGUUCCACGAAUGGCUCCGCUACCAGUGCAGCGGUUAACACCGAAUCUUCGUCCCUUUAGUUACACAGGUGUGGAUUAUUUGGGCCCAUUUGCUGUUACUGUAGGACGCCGAACGGAGAAGAGAUGGGUCGCAUUGUUCACCUGCUUGGCAACCCGCGCGGUGCACCUGGAGGUGGCUCACGGACUGACUACGCAGUCGUGCUUGAUGGCGAUUCACCGGUUCAUUGGUCGGCGAGGUUGGCCGAUGGAGUUUCUGUCCGACAAUGGGACGAACUUCCUAGGAGCCAGUAAGGAACUGGAAGGAGUUGUUCGAGAAAUAGGAGAAGAUUGUGCGGAUCAGCUGACUAGCGCGAGAACGAAGUGGACGUUCAACCCCCCUUUGGCUCCUCACAUGGGAGGAGUAUGGGAGCGUCUCGUUCGGUCGGUUAAGGAGGCAUUCGUGGCGCUUGAUGAUGGGAGACGGUUGACGGACGAAAUUUUGCAGACAGUAGUGGUGGAAGCGGAAGACAUGAUCAAUUCUCGCCCGCUAACGUACGUGUCUCAAGAGUGUGACGAAGCGGAGGCACUCACUCCAAACCACUUUUUGCGGGGACUCUCCCCAAAUCAGCCUAGCGUGAAUCUUCCCCCACCUCAUCCAGCAGCAGCACUUCGAGACGCGUUCCAGCGAUCGCAGCAGUUGGCCAGCAUUUUGUGGGAACGUUGGGUCAAGGAGUACAUUCCUUCGCUGAACCAGAGGACAAAGUGGUUUGAGGAGGUCAUCGUGUCCGGUGAUGGACGAAUUCGGCAGGCCUGGGUACGCACCAACAGUGGACGAUAUAGGCGAGCAACAGCAAAACUAGCCGUGAUGGAGUUUGGUAACUCUGAACCGGAUGCGAGCUCCGGUACAGGGUUACGGACCGGGGAAUGUUCUGGCAUCACUGGCAGUUGCACCAUUGCACCCGUGUCGAAUUGA